AUGCUGUCUGUUUCUUCUCUUUACUCACCGUGGACAUGGGUGACCACGGCUCUUCUGUACCUCAUCAGCCGCACCAUCUACAACAUCUACUUCCACCCUCUUUCAAUCUUCCCCGGCCCCAAGCUCCGGGCAGCGACUCGCCUGGCGUGGGUGUACUCGAUGACCAGCGGUGCCAACCACCGCAACAUCAAAAGGCUGCAUGAACGCUACGGACCCGUCGUGCGCGUCGCCCCGAACGAGCUCUCCUUCAUCUCCCCCAGCGCGUGGCAGGACAUCUACACCAAGGGCCCAUCAAACAAGGGCCUCGUACGCGCCGAAACAGUGUCUGAUGCAGCCGGCCCAAAGCACAUCUUCGCCACGCAUAACGACAGCCACACCCGUCUCCGCCGGAAGCUCAUGCAGACGCUGUCCGAACACGGCGUGGCCAAACACGAGCCCCUGAUCCAGGGGUACCUCAACACGCUCAUCGCCAAGCUGCAUCGGGAAAGCGAGGACGGCCGCCUGGUCAACAUCAACGACUGGAUCAACUGGUUCGCGUUCGACAUCAUCGGCGACCUCGCGCUCAGCGAGUCCUUCCACCAGCUCGAUAACUCCGCGCCAGACGGCUGGAUCGUGCUGCUGACGACGUACAUCAAGGGCUUGCUGGUCUCGUUCUGUCUGAACUACUACUGGCCUCUGAAUCGCGUGCUCCCGACCCUCGCGCCAAAGACCUACCAGCGCCUGCAGAACCAGUUCAUGGACCCGAUCCACGAGAAGAUCAACCGGCGCCUUGCGCGCCCGGACGCCGAGCACCUCGAUGAUAUAAUUGGAUCGUGCAUGCCGCAUGCCAACGGCGGCAAGAUGCUGAUGGACCCGGAGUACCUGACCGGCACCAUGGCGGUGCUUCUCGCCGCGGGCAGUGAGACCGCGGCGACGGCCUUGUCGGCGGUGAUGAAUCUGCUUGUUAACAAUACGCGCGCCAUGCAGAAGCUCUGUGCGGAAGUGCGAGCCAUUCCCACCAGCCAAGAACUCACCCUCGCUGCAGUCUCGCAGAUGCCGUAUCUCGACGCGGUCAUCACAGAGGGUCUCCGUCUCUGCCAUCCGAUUACGUGGUCCAUUUCACGCCUCACCCCGGCGACUGGCUGUGUGAUAGGGGACUGGUUUGUGCCGGGAAACACCCACGUCAACAUCCUCCACUACGCCGUCUACAACUCGGACACGCACUUCCCCAACGCCCACGAAUUCCUACCGGAGCGCUGGCUCGGCGAGGACGCGCCCGACCAAAGCAGCAACGCCGCGUUCCAGCCCUUCAGCAUGGGCGGCCACAGCUGUCCCGGUCGUCCCGUUGAAUGUGUUCCGCUGGCAGGAUCAGCAGAGUUAUUUGACUUGGCUAAAGAGGCCGAUGCUGGUGAGGUUGAGACAGGUUAG